AUGGACUUCACAAUUUGGCAUAUUAUUUUCCUGUGUCUAUCAGGUAUAUUUUAUAAUUUGCGUACUAUUGUUUAAUACCUAUCUUGUAUCUCUUUUAUUAUCAACGUUACAGUUAUGUUUAUUUCUCUAUUUGUAUACUGAUCACAAUGAUUAUGUAGAUACCAUGCACUUUCCAUUUCUAGAAUUAAUGGGAAGAAAGAUAAAAGUACUAGAUUUAUUAAAAAAUCUGUUUUUGUUAAGCUUUGCAAUGGAUAAUUCACUCUAAAGGAAAAUUAAACCACUGAUGAGAUGCCUUUUUUCUUUUAGUUUAUUUAGUGUGUUCUCAAUUUGCAAAGAGCUACCUAUUACAUAUUUUUAAUAAUGUCAUUAAAAAAUAUUUUUUGUGAAUCUACAAGCCUUCUAUAUGUGAACGUUAGUCAUUAAUUCGCUAUGACUCAUUUAAGGAUAAUUUUACUUAUACUAGAAUUGUAAGGAGUGAAAUUUGAAAUCACCAAAUUUACCGAAUUAGUCAAAUUUGAAUAAUAGUUAACUUUGAGAAUUUUUCCAGUUUGGCUAGUUCAUUAAUUUUGUUUUUCCUUUCCCCACAAUUAGGUAAAUAAACUCUGUAGUAAAUAACACUUUGGUUGACAUUUGCAGAUGUAUCCAUACAGACUCACAUGCAAACUGCCUAUAGACAUAAAUUGCACUGUUUCUUUAUGGUUUAAAUAUGCUCUCCUCGAUAGAUAUCAAUUAAUUAAUUCAUCGCACCUGCAGAAGAAAAAUAAUUUUGAAUUUAAUUAUUGAAGCCUGCUUCUCACCUCUCUUGCUAGUUGUUUUUCUCUGCUUCUAAUGAUAUAUUUUAUUUUAAUGCCACCUAAUUAAAAAGAAACUGUAAAUGUGUUUUAGUAUUUUAUAAUAGUGUUUAUUUAUGUAUUUUAUAUUAGAAUUAAUUCUGUUGAGCAUAUAUUUCAUACGUCAGGCACAACAAAGUUACAAAACCGGCACAUGUGACUUAGGCAUGUAUCAAAUAUGUGCAUAUUUUACGUCGUCAUUUUCUUCUCACUCCCACUGUGCAGCCCCCCCUGCCUCUGUCCAUUGCUUUAUCUUUGCUUAUUUGUUUUUUUGUUAAUUUCGGAUUGGUUUUCUUCAAGGAAGGGGGCUUUUGAUCCCUGGUGACCCACAGGGGGCUUAAUGUAGUGGUUCUGGUGUCUAAAGCCUGUCCAAGGUCUUUACAUUACUGCUUAGGCACACCUCUAGUGCCAGUCACUCAGAUACCCACUAGAGGUGCUUCCUGUGUCAGUGCUGAACAUUCCCCAUAGAGAUACAUUGAUUCACUGCAUUUCUAUAAGGAUAUGCUGCUUGGUACUCCAUUUUGCGGCACAUGCGCAAUAGUCUCCCAAUGUUUUCCAUUGGGAAAUCUAACUUUUUAAGGCAAACAAAUUGCUCAUCCUCCUUCUAUUUACUAUAAACAACCAUUUUCCCUGCUGUAAAUUGAAUCUUUCUUCAACUCUCAGUGGAUUACAUCUUAUUCCCUGUGCGUUCCCUGUACGCCCUUCCCGUCUCUGUUAGACUCUCCCCCAAUCUCCACUCUUUCAAAAAAUCUUUGAAAACUUACUUCCUUAGAAAAGCGUAUCAAUUAAACUGUGGACAGCUUUGCCUCCCCGCACCCUGAUUCCGCUCCCACAACUGUCAUCAAAACAAAACACUAAGCCCUCAAUGAACGCUAUCCUAGCAACCUACUUUUCUAACCCUACCCUUACCUUUUGUGUCACUAUACCCCACUCACUCUAGCAUGUAAGCUCAUUGAGCAGGGGCCUCAAUCCCUCUGUUCCUGUGCAUCAAAACGUGUCUGGUUACAAAUACGUGUCUGUUAGUUCACCCAUUGAACAGCGCUACGGAACUUGUUGGCGCUUUAUAUAUAAAAAUAAUAAUAAUUUAAUGUUAAAGCAGAGCAUGUUUGUGCUGGUUCUGUAUACAUUAUUAUUAUGUUAUAUUAACCCCUCUGAAACAUUUAUUCUAAAGUAGAUGUUUUUUAUUUUUUUUAGCAGAAACAGUUAUUGCUUCUGAAGACGAAGCCCGACUUGUUGAGAACUUAUUCAAGACUUAUAACAAAGUGGUCCGUCCUGUUGAGACUUUCACUGAUAAGGUUGUGGUAACAGUUGGACUCCAGCUUAUACAACUCAUCAAUGUGGUAUGUUUAAUAAAAUUCAACUCAACACUUUGAGAGGCAUGUGCUAAUGAAAUGGCAAAUAAAUGAGAUAUGAACAAAUAAUUACAAUGUUAUUUUGCAUCUAGCACUUGUAUAUAAAUGGAAGACUCUAACUGGUUAUGGUGACUGGAGUCCCCUGGCGCCAUCCUUCUAGUCAGUAUUAAACCAUUGUGAUUGUUUUUAAUGCUGAUUGAGAGUCCCAAGCAGCCUAUCCCCUGUGCUGUCCUGGAUAGUUCUUCUUCUCGGCCUAUCACAGCCAGCCUUUGCUGGAAUGAACUGGUAUGGAUAAGGAAGAGUGCAACCAUACCUCCAAUGGGAGCUAGCUGUGCACUCUCAUUCAAUGUUAUACUGCUCUAAACUGAUCUGAAGGAACAUUCCAGACACCAUAACAAUUUCAUUGAAAUUAAGUUGUUAUGGUGUCAGGGUGACACCCGGGCGAUCUCUUACCUGAAACCAUUCUCAAACUAUUUAACCCUAAAAAUUGCCUCCAGCAACAGAUUUACAGUCCCCCCAGCAGCAUCCGGCUUUUGAAAUUAAGUUUCAGGAAGUACAUAGUGCCCCUGGGCAGGGGAGCCACUGAUUGACUAGAGUGGGCAGGUGAUACUCUAAGUCAAUCAGUAGCUUCUCAUUCAUAAAAGAGGUAUGUCCAAGUGGCUCAUGGGAUAAAGGUUGAGCACUUCUGCAAUAGAGUGUCCAUUAGUUCGAAUAAUGAAUUUUUAGUAAAUUGUAUAACUCCUCAAAUAGAUUUUCAGUUUUUUUACAGGAAGCUGGAUAUUUUUUUUUCUUUUAAUUUUUAAUUUUUUAUUUUUUUAAUUCUUGCAGCUUCUGUCUAUUAUUUCAGUACAUUGGGGUAUAAUCUGUGUGAUGGCUUUUUUUUUCCACACGUUUAUUUUUUAAACAUUUUUAGUCAAAUGGUUAAUACAUUCCUCCUGAUGCACAAAUUCCAACAUAUUAUCUGGUUCUGAGCUGUUUUUUCUUGUUUUAUUUUAAGGACGAAGUAAAUCAAAUUGUGUCAACAAACGUCCGGCUGAAACAGGUUUGGGAGACUUUUGAUAUUUUUUUUGUUUUUUUAUUAUCUUCAAAAUUUGCCAAAAAAAUAAAAUAAAUAAAAUGGGGGAGGUUAAUUCAAAUUCUAAUUGUCCUGACUUGACAGUGAAUUAAAAAAGUUUAGACUUAUGAGCCAAUUUAUCACAGUUGUGUGUUUAGAUGUCGGCUUUAGUCCCAACUAAAUUGAGAAAACAAUGAUUGUCAGUAGUUCCAGGUCUGAUGUUCUCAUGGUACUUUGUCUUAAAAGGCUUGUUGCAAUUUGGAGUUCUGUGAGCACUGAGGUCCUGCUUCAUGGCUAUCCCUGCUAUAGAUAAACCUCAGGAUAAAACCACUGUCACGGUAUUAGUAUGUGCUCUUAGAGAAUUUGCAUUGUGAUAACAGUUUCAAUGUUAUAUAUUAUAUAUUAUAUACACAGUUUAGAUUACUGUUUUUUUAAACUAUUUUUUUCUGAUUAUUGUUGUAAAAUAUUUGCAGGCUUCCAAACCUUUGUUAAAGUGGGUGUCCUGUCCAGACUGAACAUUUAAGAACUACUGUUUUAAGUUUGUUGGGGAGAUCUAUCAAAGUGUCAUGUUGUAAAAAUUGGCAAAACAUAGUAAAAGUGGGACAAUCACCAUGGAAACCACUAGAACCAGGAGAUACAUUCCAUUGGGGACUCCUCACCUUUAACAUCUUUCCACCACGUUUUAGAAAACGAUACUUUGAUCAAUGUCCCCAUUUUAUCUUUAUGCAAUUAGCAUCUAUAAUGAUAAUGCAAAUUGUAGCCCAUUAUCAAUCAGAGCACAAUGGACAGAGCAACCAUAUUUCAACGACUGACAAGAAUGAUACGAUUCAUUUUGCUAAGUAAUAUUUCUAGUAAUCUUGCCCUUGUGUAUAAAGGGUAAAUAUGGUUUGUCUGUUAAGAAGUAAGCUUUUUAUUAUCUAACCAUGUGUGCUCUUGUUGUUGUAUUGUUCAGCAAUGGGUGGAUGUCAAUCUAAAAUGGAACCCAUCAGACUACGGAGGGGUAGAGAAGAUUCGCAUCCCAUCUAGUGACAUUUGGCGGCCAGAUUUAGUUCUUUACAACAAGUAUGUUUUUUUUUAUCCUUGUUUUUUCAUUUUUCUUUAAAGUACGUUUUCUAUUAGGAAUGCCAGAUAUAAUCACUUUUUCUUGUUUUUUUUUAAAUUCAAUUAAUUAAAUUAGACCAUUUGGAGUGACAAUGCCUUGCUAGAGAUGUCCUCAUGUUGUUUGUUAUUCAUGUGCAGACUUCAAGUGUUACUUAUAUAUUAACAUGUAUUGACAUCAAUAGCUGAUAGUUUACGGUCUUUGUAUCCAUCAGUCUUUAAAUCACUGUGCUCAUAUACGUGUUUCCAGCUCUCUUUUGUUUCUAGUUAUAUAGGAGUUAAUAGUAGUUGUAGGUUUGUAUUUGGGACCCUUUAAACUAGAGUUGUUAUAGUGGUAAGAGGUUCCUUAAUGUCAUUAUGCCACAUGAUUACACAUAGGCAAUCUACUGCAUCUCAAACACAGUAUUUACUCAAAUCUAAUGCGCACCUUUUUAGGGAAAAAAAAACGUUUCCAGAAGUUGAAUGCACAUUAGAUUCGAUGGCACAUUACAUUCAGGUCAAAAUUCAAAAUUUUCUGGCAAAUUUAUACAGGCGAGUUUACACAGGCAAAUUCCAUUCCGACAAAUUCACACAGGCAAAUUCACACAUGUGAAUUUCAUUCUGGCGAAAUCACACAGGCAAAUUUCAUUCCUGAAAGAGGACUUAAAGGGACACUAUAGUCACCAGAACAACUAUAGCUUAAUGUAGUUCUUCUGGUGAGUAUAAUCAUUACCUUCAGGCAAUUUAAUGCAAACACUGCCUUUUCAGAGAAAAGGAAUAUUUACAUUGCCCCUAGGGACACCUCCAAGUGGCCACUCAGUAGGCAGCAGUGCCGUUCAGCGUCUCCACGCUCUGCAUGGGUACUCUGAAUUUUCCUCAUAGAGAUGCAAGUAUUCAAUGCAUCUCAAUGAGAAGACGCUGAUUGGCCAAAUCGUUGUUUGGCCCCGUCCCCUUGCCGAUUUAAGCCAAUCCCCAUGGGAAAGCAUUGGAUUGGCUAAAAAUUGGCAAUUCUGAUGAUGUCACCAAGGUGGGGGGGCCAGUGCUGGCGGACCUGCACGGCGCUGGAAAUAAGGUGAGUUUUAAUUGCUUUUAAGGGAGCUAAGUGGGUGGCAAGCUACCUAAAUGGUGGAUUUAGCACUAUAGGGUCAGGAAUACAUGUUUGUGUUCCUGACCCUAUAGUGAUCCUUUAAGAAAGAAUAGACUUAACAUGUGACUAAAAUUUAAAUACCAUCAAUAUUACUAUGUUAUAUGGCAAUAAACAUUUUUAUUGUUGCACAAUGUUGUAUAGUAGUAUCUUCUUGCAUAAAUGCGCAUUACAUUCGCCAGCAAAAACAUUUUUCAGCUUCCAGGUUUCAAAAAUUGAGGUGAGCAUUAGAUUUGAUAGUGCGUUAGAUUUGAGUAAAUACGGUAUUCUUUUAUAGGUUUUUUUUUUUUUUUGUAGAGCUUAUGUGUAACUUAAGUCCCAAGGAAAGCAAUUACAUCAGAGUCUAAAAUUACAGACUUUAAAGGGAUGCUCCAGGCUAGAGAUGACCUAGUUGCAUUCUACGUUAACUAUAUAUAUGACAAAUUUAGUUUUCACCCACCUUUUAUAAUGGUUCCUUUACAACUGUCUUUGAUUCUUUAAAAUGGCUGAUAAAAGAGCCAUACAUAAGAAUAGUUAUAUCCAUAGCCUCUUUCAGUAAUGAGUAUCAACAAGGUCAUCAUCUUGGAUAGCCGUUCCAUUGAUAUUCUCUGCUGAAUAUACCAAGUGCUGAUCAGUUAUUAUUAACUGGAUGUGUUAAGUACGCUCUUUAAAUAUAAUGGAAUGGCUAGAAUUGCUUCCAAAGUCCAAACAUUGUGUAAACAAUUGAUUAAACAAAGGCCGGUAUCUUUUUUUGAUAUGUAUUUUUUUCUGGCAUAUUUUGAACGUUAUCUAUAAAAUGUAUUAAAACUGGUUCAUCUUCAGCCUGUAGCAUCCCUUUGAUGUCUGCAAUUUUAGACUGUGAUGCAAUUGGUUUCCUUGGGACUUAAGUUACAGAUGAUGUGAUGGGCUCUAUAAAAAAAAACAAAAAAAAACCACAACCUAAAAAAAGAAUAUUUGAGAUGGAUGUUUUAUCUGUAAUCACAUGGCAUAAUGACAUUAAGGGACACUCUAAACACCAAAACAACUUUAGCUUAAAGGAUAACUCUCAGCUGAUCAAUUUCAGCCAAUAACUGACAUUGCCAUUCAAAUCAAAACGCUGCACAUACAGGCUCCGCUCACCAUGAUAACUUCAAAUCGCUGAAGAGGUCAUGGUGCUUGGCGUAAUCCUUUAAUUAAGUGUCUUUGAGUUAUCGAUCAUUCCACUACAGUCUCUCUAAUUGAUUCUCUUACAUUUAAGAGUUUUAGUCACACUUCCCCUUGUUGUGUCUCAUACAGCCUCUCUAAACACUUCCUGAAAAUUAGAUCUAUUUCCUUUAUUUCACAGUAUGUUUAAUUUAGAAGAAAAUGUAUCCUGCUCUUUUAAUUGCCUGUUGAAAUGUGUGAUGAAAGUUCAAUUUAAAAAGCAAGUGAAAAUGACCUCUAAACUAAACACACCUUGCUGUUAGAUCUAAUUGAAAAUUAAAUAAUUUUUUAAGGAGGCUACAUGGGGGAGGUUUGGCCAGGGCUGCAUAAAGAAAGUGAUUUAACUCCAAAAUGGUGAGAAUUGAGUAGUGAGACUGCAUAGACUUGAUCUAUACACCAAAAACUGCCUUAUUAAAGGGACACUGUAGUCACUAUAACCACUUUGUCUCUUUGAAUUGGUUAUAGUGCCUGGAGUGGCCUGGCACUGUCCCUCCAUUCAGUGUUGCACCAUGUUUGUGCAGUAUGCCACAAAAGAAGAGUCCCUGGCCACCCACAGUCCGGCCCCUUCUGUAUGUGUAGCUAAGGCAGAGAUUACACACGUCCUUGUUGUCAUACCCAUUCAUAGCGUCAGUUGGAGCUCUGACAGGUUAAAAGCAGUCAGCUGACACACUAAGCCAAUCACAGCUGCCCAUUGCCUCUCAGGGUAAUACUUCCUUAUUAGCCAAAGCAGCACAGAGGGGAUAGACUGCCGUGGACUCUUGUUUAGCAUUAAAACAUUACAACAUUAAAAACUGUUUAAUGCUGAAAGAAAUGAUGGUACAAGGGGACCCCAGACACUAUAACCAGUUUAAUUAGAUGAAGCAAAUACAGUGCCUACAGUGUCCCUUUAAGCUAAAUAUGUUUAGGUGUGCUAAAUAUGUUUAGAUUAUACAUUUAACUACAUUGCGUUCCCCUUACCAGCCAACAACAUUUUAAAGGAGGUCAUUUCUGAGUGAAAUGUCAUGUCUUAUAUUUCCAUCCUCUCUCAAAAAAUCAAGACCUUUCAGUGUUGUCCUAUCUCUUUGCAUCUACUGGGGAUAGCUUUGUUUAUCUGACUAUCUGUCUGUCCAUCCGUCCAUCUGUCUAUAGAAUUUGUCUGUCACUCUGUCCAUCAAACCAAAAAGUUUUUCCGUAUUAUAUGUACGUUACUAAACAAAUGUUGCGUCAAAGUCGGGUACUGGAGCCUGUAUAUACAAAUGGCUAUAACUGCAACAUUUUUAUUAAAAUUUGCUUCUUACCUGUAGCAUUUUUGUUUUUUCAUUACAGUGCAGAUGGUGAUUUUGCGAUUGAACCGGAGACUAAAGUACUUCUGGAUUAUACAGGAAAGAUUAUAUGGUCUCCCCCUGCCAUUUUCAAAAGCUACUGUGAAAUUAUAGUCACAUAUUUCCCAUUUGACCAGCAAAACUGCAGCAUGAAGUUCGGCACUUGGACUUACGAUGGCACAUUAGUGGUUAUAAACCCGGUAAGGAGUCAUCCGUUGUAAUUACUAUCCUGGAAUCCACCAGGAAGAUCUUUAUGUGUUAAGGCGUAUGUAUUUCUACAAUAGUUUGAGGCUAUUCUGUGGUUACCUUUGCCACAAUAUCAUGGUUACCUUCUUAUCCAUAUUAUCAUGGUUAUUAUCUAAUCCACACAUGAGUCUAUGCAGAUGAGGUGUGUUGGCAUCCAUGUUGCAAAAAACUAAUCCAAAAGUCUAAUUAAAAAACAUAUCCAUUUCAUUCUUCCAACAUGCCUAUUUUUCUAAAUCAAUUUUAAAUUCAUAAGAUUCCUAUAUACAAUGUUAUAUUAUAAUUCCCAAGCUGCCAGAGAAUUAUGGCUUCUGUAGUCUAAUAUGGGCUGGCAUUAGACCUAACUGACCUUAACAAAAAUGUCUAAAAGCAGCUCCAUCUUUUUAGACAUUCAAUCUUUGAAGUAUGGGACGAAUAAAUAGUAAAAUUAUUUCUUCAAUGUGCAAAAUUCUUCACUUCAAUGUGCAAAAAGUUAUGAUAUUCUUAACGCACUUUUUGCCUAAAUUUUGCAAUUAGGUUUUCGAUUCACUGCAAUACAGAGAUUAGCAAAUAAAAAAAAAAAAAUAUAUAUAUAUAUAUAUAUUAAUCUAACAAGAAGUCCACAUUGUGCCAUAAGAAGAGCCUAAUAGCUGGAAUCCUCAUGGGUUAUUCCAAAAUUUAAAAAAAAUUCUACUGGAUGUUCAAACCUAUUAACUCUUAUCUCUAAUAUGGUUUUCCCAGGAUACCGUCUCAUGUGUUCAAUGAAUGCCAUUCUUUAGAGGGAAUUUGAUAUUUUUAUUAUAAAAGAUUAAUACAGUGUAGAUGUGUAUUAUUUCUACCGAAUACAUUAAUGGUAAUGUUUUUUUAAUGCCUUUCCUGGUGUAUUCUUUCCCUAUGGGGGCAACCAUAUUUAGCUAUCUAUGGCACCACUUAUCUGCUAAAAAAAAGUCUUAAAUAGGUUCACAUAAGUGCUCAUUGGUUCACGACACCUUUGUGACACCAAAAAACAUUGUCGCCUUGAUGACGCAGUUCCUUUAAGGGUGGGAUAACAUACUAAUACAAUUUAUUUUAAAGGGCUGUAGUUGAGCCAACGAACUAGCAGAGGGAGCCGUUUGUGGGAAUAAAGUUGAGCAUAUAUCCUAUUCAAGCCGCGCUGCCUGAGGAGGGAGCGGCGCGGGCGCCAGUUACAGGUAAGUUCAUGACAAACAAACCUAUAAAAAAAGGUUUUAGUUACCUUGAAUGCAGUGCUUUUUCACAUCCCCUCCUACCUUACAGGGGCCGUACCUUGGUCCUAUCACAGGUUUCUCAUAGAGAAGCACAUAUGGACGAGCUCUGGACCGAUGAGGAGAGAGAAGGGGAGAGGGAGGGUUUUAAAAAAAAAAAAAAACACAAUGCACAUAGAGGAAGUGCAAUGUGGAUGUGCAGAGAGCCUGUGACAACAGAUGAAAUUUAUGCACAGAAUUGGCAUUAGGUAGCCCAGAACAGACUACAGAGUUCUUUACUGCCUAAGCCCCAUAUGCUGAAGGUGCAACUUACCCCUGGCACAUAAUUGCCAAUAUCUCUGGAUGUGUAGUGUUUCAAGAUGAACCACUGCACAUCCAGGCUCUUACAACCAUCAGCACUUCAAAUCACUUAAGUGGUCAUAGUGUUUGGAGUAACCCAUUUAUGCCUCAUGGUCGCUUAACUAAAAUUUAGAGCAUUUUGAUCAUGAAAUGUAUAAUUAAUAGCAACAUAAUGACAAUUUCAGAAGACAGGGUCAUAUAUAUUUAUACAUUAAUAAUUAUAAUUGUGCAUAUUUUUUGUCAAAUUUUGAAUAAACGUGUGCUUAAAAAAAUAGGAGAAUGACCGUCCAGAUCUGAGCAAUUUUAUGGAGAGCGGAGAAUGGCUGAUGAAGGACUAUCGCUGCUGGAAACACUGGGUUUACUAUACCUGUUGCCCUGACAAACCUUAUCUGGAUAUCACGUAUCAUUUCGUCUUACUACGUCUUCCACUUUAUUUCAUCGUCAACGUUAUCAUACCAUGUCUGCUUUUCUCAUUUCUGACUGGAUUGGUGUUUUAUCUUCCCACUGAUUCAGGUAAAUCUGUCAAUAUAUUAGCUUAUUUUAAAAUAAUGUUUUAGUUAUAUGAUAUAUAGUUUUAAAAUAAUGAAUGGGAUAACUGGGCCCUGGUUGAUUACAAUGUAUACUUAAAGGAACACUAUAGUGUAACAAACAUGUAAACGGUAUAGUGUUCCCCUACCUAUUUAGGCACCCCAGGGGCUUGGAAGCUGAGUAUUACUUGCCUUUCAACCCUUGCCGUACUGGUCUUGCCACGGCCGCUCUGCUUCCCUGGCUGAGAUCAUCAAGAUUGAUGACCUCAGCCAAUCCAAUGCUUUCCCAUAGGGAAGCAUUGGGAGGCUUCUGCGCAAAUGCAGCAAAACAAAGCACUGUGCCAAUAAAAUACUGCUCUACAAUGUGAGUUACAAUAAAAUCAUGAGGUUGUUUAAAAACAUUUCCUCUUGUACUUCAAAUACGUUUUGAAGGAGAAAUUCUGUAAUAGAAGGAAUUUUUUUUUAAAGUUUUUCCCUUAAAAAAGAAUAUUGCGGGGGCGGAGCUUGACCGCCAUGCGGAGCAGUCGCAAGCAUCCAGAGCUCCCACCAAACAGCCGACUUUAAGCCCCCCUUACCCCGACCCAGACAAGCUAAAUGGGUCUCACGCUCACUCACUCCACAGAGCUACUGGUGGGAACGGGACAGAGGCAUCACAGGCUCCCAGGAGACACUAGCCAAGGCAGGUCCGACUUGCGGCCUAGCGGUUGAUGCGGGGCUGGGGACGCGGCCGGUCCUCCAGUCCCGAAGUCCUGCAGACGCAGAAUCUCUCCCCCCCCCCCUUGGACCGCUGGGGGUCAUCACGGUCCACCAUGGCACCCCUACAAGCCCAAACACCUGCAAACAAGCCCUGCCAGACGGGAGCGGGCGGGAGGAAGCAGCAGCACUCCGCUCACUUAAAAUGGCGGCGGGCAGAACCGGGAAGUCCCCUAUCGGCAACGCAGCCUUAAACUACACAAGAGAAAGCUGCUAGGAGGCAGAGGCAGACAUCGGAGAACCGGUAGCUGGAAAGGUCAGUGGCACCAUCCCACAGCCACAACCCUGAUGCAGACAGGGCAGGGGAGACAACCACACGACAAGCGCCGACGCAAAGCAUGCCAAGGCAGCCAAGAUACCUGGCGACACCCUGCUCCGGCCCCAUUCUAGCCCACACCGGGACUCAAAGACCCUGCCUCACAUGACCUACCUGGCAUGAACCGACCCUGGGACUAAACACAGCCCGGAGAGCACCCACCACUCUUUACCCAGCUGCAACCCCCACGCCAUUUAUCACCUCUACCUGCGCUGACGGGGCCCACCUGGCGUGUAGCCAACCCAGACCAACGGUGCUAUGGUUACCAUACAUAAGCAGGACUCUAACUAUACACAACUCUUAUCACUCAUAAUUAUCAAGCAUGUUUAUAGAGAAGCCCAAUUAUCUGUGUAGCAAGCCGGUUUCUGUAUAAAAUGUGUGUCAAGCGAUAAUAAUCCAAAAAUGUGCAAAGUUUUUCAAGCAUACUUCGAGAUCCACUAAUCUUUAGUAAUCUAAGGCAACGCAGUUAGAAAUUAUCUAUGUUCAACCUGUUCUUAGUAAGCCUGUUUAUGUACAAUAUGUGUGUCAAGCGAUAAUAAUCUAAUACAAAAAAGUGCAAAGUUUUUUCCCUUGUCUACUUAAUGCAAAUCUUUGUUUGACUCUGCAUGCCCUGGCUGUUGUGGCUUGGUGUGCUAUAUGUGAUUUUUCAUGCACAAAUAAAAUAAAGAAUUAAAAAAAAAAAAAAAAAAAGAAUAUUGCACGAUUUACAUCCUAUUAACAGCAUGUGUUUAGACAUACAUACUGAAUAGUUUCUUCUUGUGACUUCUAGGGGAGAAAAUGACUCUUAGUAUAUCAGUACUGCUGUCAUUGACUGUGUUCCUUCUGGUCAUUGUUGAACUGAUCCCGUCAACCUCAAGCGCGGUACCUUUAAUCGGCAAAUACAUGUUGUUUACCAUGGUGUUUGUCAUUGCCUCAAUUAUUAUUACAGUAAUUGUCAUAAAUACACAUCAUCGCUCUCCAAGUACACACACCAUGCCCCAGUGGGUAAGAAAGGUAAGUAAUAACUUAAAGACUUUCGAAAAAAUAAAAUGCCUUCCAAUUAUACUGAAGUACAUUUGUAUAUGUAUAAAACAAAUCUUAUAUUUUACAAACUUUUUUUAAUGCAAUUGUCUUAUAUGUACAUAACUUUAGUUUUGUUAAAUUCAAAUUAAGAAUGUCAGUACCUUAUUCUCUAUUUAAUCAGUUUUCACAAGUCAACAUCAAAAUUGCUAAUUUUAUAUUAAUAUUGAAGAUUUUUUUGGAUUUUUUUAAACUUUUUGUAUUUUGGGCAUAGUCAGUUGUCAACUCUUAAACUUAGAUUAAAGAAGCAACUCUGAAAUGGUUCUUAAGAUAUAUUGUAUCACGUUUUUUUUCUAAUUUCAAUCCUUUUUUUUUUUAAAUUCAGAUUUUUAUUGAAACUAUUCCAAACCUUAUGUUCUUUUCUACAAUGAAACGACCUUCUCAAGAAAAGCAAGGCAAGACUCUCUUUUCAGAAGAUAUUGAUAUAUCGGAUAUUUCGGGAAAACUUGGACCUGCUGCUGUGGUUUACCAAUCUCCAGUUUUAAAGAACCCAGAAGUCAAGAGUGCUAUAGAAGGGAUCAAAUACAUUGCAGAGACAAUGAAGUCAGACGAGGAAUCGAAUAAGGUACAUUUAUAAUUAACUUAUUUUACACCUUUAAGCUGCUAUAAUGAAGGUAUAGUCAUAUAAUUUUACAGGAACAUUAUGUGCCAUGGCGAUGCAAAUAAAACACAAUUUAAAGUCCUCUUUACAACAAAGUAAUUUAGCAACUUGAGUUAGGUGAAAUAAAAUUACAAAUAAUGCGGACAGUACACGAUUUUGUUACUCUUACAGAAUACCCAAAUCUAUAUCCCAACCUUUUAAGGUAGCACUUUUAGAAUCUGGUUGCUUUUAAUGCCUGCAUUAUAUUAGGGCAACUCUAUAGCAAAAUUGUUAAUUUUCUUAUUUGCCAGAUUAACAUUAAAGGGACAAUAUUGUCACCAAUUAGUUUAAUGACGCAGUUUUGGCAUAUAGACCAUGCCCCUGCAGUCUGCUCAGUUCUCUUCCAUUUAGGAGUUAAAUCACUUUGUUUAUACAGCUCUAGCCACACCUCCCUGCAUGUGACUUACACUGCCUUCCUAAACACUCCCUGUAAAAAGUAAUCUAAUGUUUACACUUCCUUUACUGCAAAUUCUGUUUAAAUUAGAAUGUAUUAUCUCCUGCUCUGUUAAUAGCUUGCUAGAUCUUGAAGUCACCUCCUGUAUGUAAUUAAAGAUCAAAUUACAGAGCAGGAGAUACAAACUUUUAAAGUAAGCUACAUUUGACUGAAAAUUUAACUAUUUUGUUUUCAUGCAGGCUGUGUCAGUCACAGCCAUGGGGAGGUUUGGCUAGGGCUGUAUAAACAGAAACAAAAGAGAUUUAACUGCUAAAUGGCUGAGAAUUGAGCAGUGAGACUUCAUAGGCGUGAUCUAUACAACAAAACUGCUAAAGUUGUUUUGGUGACUAUAUUGUCCCUUUAACAAUGCCUAUUGAACAUUAAUGUAGAUGUAACACCGAUGUAACAAUGAUUGCAUUGUUGAAAGGUUGUAUGUAUUCUCUAUCUAAUAGAAUGAUGAAGGUCCCUCGAAGCUCCAUACAUUUCAGGAGGUGUUAGGACUUCAUACUUUGUGAUCUAGUAUCUACAAGAUCUAAGAUUGUUUUUUGAACUCUUGCCAUUGGUUUAUAAACCCUAUUGUCCCAGUUAUUAAUGUAGGCCUACAAAGUUACAUUUACUCUUAACCAGAAGGACAUAAUAAAUAUAAUUUGAAUCUUUAUUAAAUCCAAAUUUUCACAUGUAAACAUAAAUCUUGUUGUAAUUUUGGAAUCCUACAUGUGACAUAUAUUCUUGAUAAUAGAACAUGAUGUAUCUCCAGCACUAGUUUUAUCUCUUGUAUGUCCAAUUUCCACAGGCAUCAGAAGAAUGGAAGUUUGUUGCAAUGGUGCUAGAUCACAUCCUCCUUGCAGUCUUCAUGACCGUCUGUUUUAUUGGGACGUUGGCUGUCUUUGCCGGACGACUGAUCGAGUUAAAUAUGCAGAGCUAA